GCAGAAAGUAAAUUAGUAUGAGAUAUUGAUACGGUGGUGCUGUUGUCGCAAUGCAAAAGAUUUGCAUGCGGGCGGGUCAAAUAGAUGUAGAAGAAAUCAAAACUACGGCAGUUUUUUGCAUUCUUACUUAUAAAAAUACAUUUUACAACAAUAGGUGUUAAGAAAAUAGUAUAAUGAUGUCUGACAGAAAAGCAGAACUUGAAAGGAAGAAAGCCAAACUCCAGGCUAUUAGGGAAGAAAAGGAGAGGCGUAGGCGAGAAAAAGAACAGAAAGAUAUUGAGGAAGCCACGGUUCGUGCUGCAGGAACAGAUAAAGAUCAUCGUAAGGAGUUGGAUGCUAUGCUAUCAUCAUUGGGUGUAGCACCAGUAUCAGAUGUAUUGUCUAGUUUAUCUAGUAUGAAUUCCUUGACCCCGGAACAAAGUGCUAAUGCUACUCCCGAUGCUAGUCUACAACCAUCUAGUAUAAAUUCUGCUCAAAGUAGUGCUGGAAGGAAGAAGAAUCGAGAACUUACUAUUGUAUCAGUAGCACAUACCAAUAUUCCACCGAAAGAACCAGUCGUUUAUAGCAAACAAACACAAACUAUUCAGACAACACAUACAUCGCACGACGGACUGUCCGCAUCUUCUUCUGCAUACACCAUCUACUCCUGUUCAACAACACCAACUCACUCUUACUCCGCAGGCUACUUUGAGGCUGACUGGUGGCGUCCCAGGAAAGGUGGGUCUGCACCAAACUACCUAUCUCAUGCAUUCGACUAUUACGACGAGUACAAUCUAAAUCCUGGUUUAGAAUGGGAGGACGAAUUUACAGCCGAAGAUGAAGAGAACAGCUUGCCGCAUAUGGAUGGUUUCCAAAGCAAACUUCCUCCUGGUAUUCUUCCCCAUGGUUUACCCCAAGUCAAAGAAGUGCAGCCUGCUGUUACACAAGUGGAGCAAGAAAAGGAAAAAGAAAAGCCUAAAGAAGUAAGGGAACUCAGUGAAGAGGAGAAGCAAAUGAUCAUAUUAUCUGAAGACUUCCAACGAUUUCUUGAUCGUACUAGUCGUAUAGUGGAAAGAGCAUUAGGAGAAUCUGUUGAUAUUUAUACUGAUUAUACUGGUACCAUGGACGGUGAAGAUGGAAUGGAUGAAAAGAGUCAUCAACGUCUAUGGUUAAACCGGUCAUUCUUCUGUGACCGAUGGUCUCGCAACCGUUGUGUAACCUCAAUGGAUUGGUCACCUCAGUUCCCGGAACUCCUUGCAGCUUCCUAUAACAACAAUGAUGAUAUUCCAAACGAUCCAGAUGGAGUUUGUUUGGUUUGGAAUACAAAGUUUAAGAAAACCACACCAGAAUUCAUCUUCCAUUGUCAGUCUCCAGUGAUGUCAACUACAUUUGCAAGAUUUCAUCCUAAUUUAAUCUUAGGAGGUACUUAUUCUGGUCAGAUUGUUCUCUGGGAUAACAGAGUACAAAAGAGAUCUCCUAUUCAACGUACUCCAUUAUCAGCAAGUGCACACACUCAUCCUGUUUAUUGUUUAAACAUUGUUGGAGCUCAAAACGCACACAAUUUGAUAAGCAUCUCAACCGAUGGGAAACUUUGCUCUUGGAGCUUAGAAAUGUUAUCACAACCAUUGGAGACAUUGGAACUCCAUACUAAACAAUCAAAGCCUAUUGCUGCUACUUGUUUAGCAUUUCCUUAUGGCGAUGUUAAUAAUUUCGUUGUGGGUAGCGAGGAUGGAACUGUUUAUUCCGCUUGUCGUCAUGGUACAAAAGCCGGAGUAUUAGAAACAUAUGAAGGACAUCAAGGACCAGUUACUGGAAUCAGUGCCCACGCUGUACAAGGCGGAAUAGAUUUCUCGCAUCUAUUCUUAACAUCUUCCAUUGACUGGACGAUUAAAUUGUGGAGUCUCAAGGAAAACAAACCUUUGUAUUCCUUUGAGCACAAUGGCGAUUAUGUUUAUGAUGUCGCCUGGUCACCGACUCAUCCAGCCUUGUUCGCUGCUGUAGACGAUUCAGGACGAUUGGAUUUGUGGAAUCUUAAUCAGGAUACCGAAGUGCCUACAGCUAGUGUCCUGAUCGAUGGAUGUCCGGCUCUUAAUAGGGUCUCAUGGACCCCUAGUGGGUUACAUGUGACCGUUGGGGAUGAUACUGGAAAGAUUUGGGUGUAUGAUGUUGCUGAGCAUUUAGCACAUCCAAGGAUCGACGAAUGGAACAAAUUUUUGUAUACUCAACAAGAACUGAAACACAACAAAGCAGACGAAGAAUUGCAUAAACUAAAUCUGAGGGAGCCUGCUUCCUUAACUUCUAUACACCCCUUGUUAACCACGGGCCCUCUAAGAUAAAGAUAUUAUUUUAUUCAAAUGUCAUUGUCACGUUCGGUUUGAGUACCUUAAACUUAAAAAUCAAAUGAAUCUAACCUAUAAUCUGAAAGGAACAAAACGAAAGUGUAUUGUAUUAAUUGCAGUUUAUCGAUGUAUCUUUAAGUAUUUGUAGAGUAUUUUCAUUCUGUAUAAAGCAUUGAACAGGAAAAAAAGAACGUGUGAACAUUUAACACGUAUAUUUGCUAUGUCUUUAAACGGCUAUAAAUUCAACAUGUCUAGUAGGAACAGUAUAUGUUUAUUAAAAUGCAGUAAGUACAUUAAGCAUGUAUGCAACAUAUCUGUGCAUGUAAAUAAUCAAAGCUAUAAAUACCAAUGAAAUUGAUGAAUUACGGAAACGAGAUAUAAUUGACAAAAUUGACAGUACGUAUAUCAAGAUAAAUUAUUAUAACGUCUUAGUUGCUAAUAUUUAUAACUGUUAUUUUUAGAAUCAUAUUUCAAAUUAUUAUUUUAAUGCUAAUACUCCUUAACCAACGUAUUAAAAGUAACAUUAUUAGAAUAACUUUGAGACGUUUAUUAUUAUUUAUAUUCUUUUAGGAAUUUAAUAUAAUUUAAGUAAUCGUAAUUUGUUUUCUGUAUAGUUCAUAAAUAUAGCAAAAUCUAGUAAAUAAAAAUGUAUAUAUAACAAUUACUUUCGAGUUAUCAUAAACUACUGGGCUUUAUCUAACAAUAAAAUGUGAUACUGUUAUUAUA